AUGGCAAAACGAGAAGCAGCAGCAGCAAAAGCAGCAGCAGCAAGGGAGAAGGCGAGGAACGCAACCUAUACCCCGCAGAUUUACUGUAGUAACCCCAAAUCCAAGGGAUGCACAGGACUGACGGAGUUGAAUACUGCGCUGCAGCAGGACAAGCCUGCCUCCGUCAUGCUGGCAGGCAUUUCGUGCCACCCUCAAGGGACAGCGUUUGCGCUGCUCUUUAGCGACGGAACGGUCUUGGCUAUGGGUGAGGCUCUGCAGGGGGGUGAAAUGACAGCUGAAGUCAAGAAUGGUCUGGGGAGGUUUGAGGCUUCGCGUAGUCAACGCGUGAAGACAAUCGCAGCAACGACUGGCGCGUUUGCUGUUUUAAUGCAAAAUGGAUCUGUUUAUGCUUGGGGAGAUACUACCGUUGGAGGAGAAUUGCCGACACCUGAGCCCAACGAUUGCACUGAACUGAUCGCUGCCGACGUUGGGUUUGCUGCCAGAACAGCUGGAGGCACCGUUUACUCCUGGGGAAAAGGAAUAACCCUUCCUUCGCGGUUGAACACUUCGGCUUUCCACGCGGCCUCAAUAUGGGCUGAAAGAACUUGUUUUGCUGCCAUAUCCAGUACAGGGGAGUUGGCCGUAUGGGGUACCAGCACGAGUUCCGCUCCCUUCUGCAACGAGGGUUUUGCUGCUUCGGAGUCUGUACCUUUCCAGCAGGUUAAGGAGAAACUUUCGUCUGGCGUCAAGUACGUCCGGUUUAAUGGACGAGCAGGAGUAGCAGCAAGAAAAAAAGGAGCAACAGAGGCAGCACCAGGCACAUGGGAGUUGGUUGGUUGGGGCGAUCCCGAGGCAGGAGCUAAUCCACCUAAUGGUCUACACUCUGUUGCAAAAAAUGGAGUCAAAAGCCUUCAUGCCAACUCCGCAGCGUUUUUAGUAGUUGGCAGCGAAAAUUUAGUUGGGGUUUGGGGCGACAGUUCAACAGGCGGAGGAAAUAUACCCUUAGAGUUUACUCAUGACCGUCCCGUUGUAUCUGUUAUAGAAUUAUCCGGCUCCUUUGUUCUUAUUUAUACCUCUGGAGAAGUUCUUGUCUAUGGCAAGGCAGGAGCGACUCUCUACUCGGGGGUUUUAGGCACCACUAGCCAACAAGCUGUGGUUGUAAACCUCGAAGAAGGAACAUCGGUAGUUAGAGGAAUUGGCGGCACAGAUUAUUUCUUAGGAGCAAUUGGCACUCCUUGUGUCCCUGGGUCCUGGAUGGAGUGGGGUCUAUGUAACGGCAGCUGUUUCGGGAGUCGCAAGCGCGAGAGGGAGAUCCUUUAUGAAGCUCAGAAUGGAGGCUCCUGUACCAUCAGUAACAUAGGAAUUGAGACCUGCCGAGGUCCCGAAGCGGCCAACGAAGAAUGCGCCAGUGUUAUGACUACUGAGGAGGAGGAAACAACAGCAAAUACAACAACUUCUCUUGCUACUACUCUCUCUAUAGAAACAAUUCUUGGUAUUGCUGCUGCAGGGGUUUCGGAGCACCGCAUGCAAAAACCCUUCGCAGCAACAGCGAUAGGAUAUUGCUCGUGA